AUGACCCCGCUGAAGGAUGCAGUGAAGGCAGUCCCUGGAGAGUCACCUCUUUUCAAUACCUACCUGGGCAAGAAAACCCCUCUGGCAAGCAACUAUACCAAGGUCUUCCCCAAAACUGGGUCGGGGUCUGCAGGUGCCGAUGAUCUUCUCUUUCAGAACUUGUUGGCUGCCGAGUGGAUAAUUUAUUCCUUCUACCAGCAAGCCGUCGAAGCUUUCAAUACAUCCAGCUUCACCGAUCUUGGAUACCCCAACACCACAUAUCAGCGCAUCGUUGAAAUGCGCGAUAAUGAAGCAGGCCACGUUCGCAUCUUUCAAGACCAGAUUUCCGAUAAUUCGGUCACUCCUGGGCCUUGCAAGUACGGAUUCUCAACUACGCAGCUUGAGCCUCUAGUGUGGCUAUCACUACAGACCUAUCUUGAGACGGCCAGCAUGGCUUAUCUCACAGGCCUUGUCCUCGAUGCCAGUCUAAGUGUUUCAAAGUCGGCACUCCUCGCCAUUGGAACCGUCGAGAGCCGACACAAUACCUGGUCUCUUAUUGACGUCUGGAACACCGGUCCAUUCUCUGGCCCUUCAGACACUACCUAUCCUUAUGCAAACCAAAUUCUGGACGCAACCAACGCAUUCAUCAUCCCUGACAGCUGUCCUUCCGAGAACCCUGUCUAUCCGAGCCCAAGACAAAACCUGCCGCAGAUGGGGUUCGUCAAUAAGACUGGCACGACUGGGCACCCAGGAUCGAAAAUCAGCUUCCGCUACACCGACAAGAAUAACCAGCCUCAUUGGAAUGCGAGCGAGAACUACUAUGCCGUCUUUUUCCAUGGCCUCAACAACAUUAGCGUUCCAUACGAUCCUAAGAUAAAUUCCGUCGCUAUUCCUAGAGCUUUCGAUUCCGAUGCUGGUUUGAUUAUUGUCUCCAUUGCAAACACGCCACAUGCUCCUACUGAAGAUAGUGUUGUGGCCGGACCUUUGAUUCUUCUCGAGCAGCCAGCGCUUUUGACUAUGGACUCUCCUACAUUUGCGGCUUAA